AUGGCCAGAAUGGUCAAGGCGAAGAGCUACAAGUCCAAACGCGAAUUUCAGGAUGAUUUGGACUUGAUAUGGUUCAAUUGUAAGGCAGAGAAGUUGCUGCGAAAUAUCACAGAUCGCAAGGAACGAGCUGACCCUGUAAUUCCUGCUGCACUACAGGGUCCCAAAGUGAACGGCAUGGUGAACGGACAUUCAAGACCCCACAUGGUACAUCACCAGCCUUCGAGCUCAGGCCCCCUCGCUAAGGCUAUUGUCAAGCCUACUGCUGUGCCUUUACAGCGCCGAGAUUUACCUUUUGCCGACUCGCCAGCACUGAUUCGGACGCAGCAUGGUAUGUCGCUGUUCGCGAAAUUAAACUGCGACUCUCCUCCACGCGACGAACUUCGGGUGUUCGCACCGGACUAUCAGAGCGAUGAUGAAGAUCCGAUUGAAGUGAAACCAGAGGCGGGAACAGACGAGAAACGCAAGCUGAAUGAGCAGAUUGCUCGCCCGCGCAAACGUGCACGAGUGGCACCUCAAUACCCGAUCUUUCUUCCCUCUUCAAGCGAUGAUAUCACGCAGAUGUGGUGGAUGGCAGCGCAAUCUGACCUACUACUUCCUAAUGGUCUGCUUAGGGUCCCACAGCCUCGGCCACCCAAAUCUCCACUUCCGAAGCGCAAGAAACGACGGAAACGGCCGGACCCUCCAAGGCCGAAUCCCAAGUCUUUAUUGACACUCAUGAACAACAACAUACGGACGAUGAGAAGAGUGAGGCAUGCCAUGUCAAGUUCUCGGCACUGGGAGGAACCGGCACCGAGGAUAAGUUUGGGGAAGAAGGAAGUGAGAAUAGAGGACAUCGGCGAAAAGAACAGCACAGAUUGUUUGCAGUGGAUGAGCAAGAAGGGGUUUCAAGAGGAAAUCAUAUUGCAUACCUUAUUUGAGAGUGGUGUGACGCGAGUCCAAGACGUUGAGCGGUACAUUUCUGACGACGUUGGGCGUUAUGGAUCGCGACUGAAUGGUUUAGAGAAGAAGCUUGUUGGGGCGUAUCGAGAAGCGCUGUGGAAGACGAGGGCCUAUUUGAAGGAGAAGAUGAAGACGAGGCUGCUGUCUUGGCUCUAUAUGUGA